AUGAAGAUGAUCAAAGCCAUGAAGAAGCUCAAGUUCUGGUCCAGAAAGAAGAAAAAAAAGCUCAUCAUAAAACCUCCUUCCACCUACCACAUCCCACCCCCUCCUCCGCGCCGCCCACCACCACCACCGCCGCCGUGCUGCCACUGCUACUAUUACCCGUACAGCCCCGUCGAGCCGUCUGCCCCGCCGCUGCCCCCCGGCGUCGACUUCGAGGAGGAAACCCACGACACCAUUCUGCUGGCAGAAGAAGACUACAUCUCCUUCACUGAAAAAAAUUCACGAGACGUCGAUGAUGAUCCAACGAGCCCGCCGCCGGAAAAGAUUGCAGAGAGUUAUCAGAAGUAUAUGGAUCCGAGUCCGGUGUAUGGAGUUCCGGCGCCGGCAGCCGGAACGGCGAUCAUAAGGGAAAGAGGUGCGGGCGGAUUCGGGUGCGUGAUUGAUGUCGGGUUUCACCUGUUCCGUUGUUUCUUCCCGUGUUUUCACGUACGAGAAUUCAAGUGACCGGAGAUUCAUGUGCGGCGGCGCAGGUUGAUCGAGUUCGUCGUGAAUGUGCGUUAUAAUGAGAAUUAUUAAUGCGGAGAUUAUAAGGCAAGAUUGAAGGCUGUAAUCAUAUUUGAGUAUUUUGAUUUUCACUUCUCUAGUGGUUCCCAAAA